CUGAAGUCUUCUCCCGGCCGAGCGCGGGGACGCCGAGCGCUUCGGGCAUCCGCGUGGACGCUGCUGUGGAGCUUGGUGUCGCGUCGUGCGUGCCUCGUCGCCCACUCCGCGCGAACAAGAAUCAGGAAAAGUUGGAGAAGAUACAGUGUGUUCAGUGUCCAAACCAGGAGAUCGACAAAAUUGGAAAUGCACAAUUUUGAGGAUGAGUUAACAUGUCCCAUCUGUUACAGUAUUUUUGAAGAUCCUCGUGUACUGCCAUGCUCUCACACAUUUUGUAGAAAUUGUUUGGAAAACGUUCUUCAGGCAUCUGGAAACUUUUAUAUAUGGAGACCUUUACGAAUCCCACUGAAGUGCCCUAAUUGUAGAAGCAUUAUUGAAAUUGCUUCCACUGGUAUUGAAUCUUUACCUGUUAAUUUUGCAUUAAGGGCUAUUAUUGAAAAAUACCAGCAAGAAGAUCAUCCAGAUAUUGUCACCUGCCCUGAACAUUAUAGACAACCAUUAAAUGUUUAUUGUCUGCUAGAUAAAAAAUUAGUUUGUGGUCAUUGCCUUACUAUAGGUCAACAUCAUGGUCAUCCUAUAGAUGACCUUCAAAGUGCCUAUUUGAAAGAAAAGGAUACGCCUCAAAAACUACUCAAACAGCUAACGGACACACACUGGACGGAUCUCACUCGGCUUAUUGAAAGGCUAGAAGAACAAAAAUCUCAUUCUGAGAAAAUGGUCCAAGGUGAUAAGGAAGUUGUUUUCCAGUAUUUUAAGGAGCUUAUUGAUACAUUAGAACAGAAAAAAAAAUUUUUCCUAACAGCUCUGUGUGAUGUUAGCAAUCUGAUUAGUCAAGAAUAUACUCCACAAAUUGAAAGAUUGAAAGAAAUAAAAGAACAACAGCUUGAAUUAGUGACAGUGACCACAUCUUUAGAAGAAGAGGCUCCACUUAAAUUUCUUGAAAAAGUUGAUGAUGUCCGCCAGCGUGUGCAGAUGUUGAAACAAAGACCACUUCCUGUGGUCCAACCUGUUGAAAUUUAUCCUCGAGUUAGCAAAGUAUUAGAAGAAGAAUGGAACAGAACAGAAAUUGGACACAUUAAGAAAGCUCUCAUUCCUCGAAUGAGAAUUUCUUCAAAAAGAAUGCCUUGUUCCUGGCCUGAUAAGGAUGAAAAAGAAGUUGAAUUUUUUAAAAUGUUAAACAUUGUUAUAGUUACACUAAUUUCAGUGAUAUUAAUGUUGAUUCUCUUUUUCAACCAACACAUAAUAACCUUCAUAAACGAAAUCACUUCAGUAUGUUUUUCUGAAGUGUCUCUGUCUGUUUACCAAAGUUUAUCUAACAAUUUGUAUGAGUUAAAAAACAUACUCUGUCACAUUUUGUAUUUGUUAAAGGAACUCAUGUGGAAAAUAGUUUCUCUUUAAAAACUUAAAUCUGAAUUGUUAAGUGGGCUUAUUCUGUACAGAAGAGGCUAACCACUGCUAAAUGAAGAAGUGGUAGUUUAAGUAGUAAACUAAAACUGCAGUAGAGUUACAACAAAAAUAUAUAGAAAUGUUAAACCUUCCAUUCUUCUGUUGGGUACAAAUGAUGAGCGAGUUAGAAAUGAGACAGCAUCUGAAAUUCAAGUCAUUACUAGAAAACUACAAUAUAGUUACUUGAUUUGAAAUAUUAGUAGAGUAUCCAUUUUUAUUGGCUUGAUAGAGGUUUACAAUGCUGCUGUGGCAUUUAUUCAUUCUUACACCAGUUUUAUCUUUGACCAUUAUGUACUGCAAUGGUUGACUUUGCAGUUUUUUGUGUAUAUGGCUUUUUGAUUAAAAGGUGGCAAAACCCUCAAGGUGCUUAUGCCUUUAUUUCAACAUGGCUUGAAGCUUUUGGAAGGGUGAAUAGGGAUGGUUAAAAAGGUUUAAAAAAAAAUCAAGUAGCAAAAUGUGAUAAAGGACUAUUUGUAGAGUUUUUUGAUCAGAUUCACGAUGUGUUCUAGAUAGUUUUAAGAGCACUAAAGUAUCAACAUUCAUUUUGAGUAAUUCUGUUGCUUGUGAAUAUUCUAAGUAUU